UUGGCAGCCUCCAGUGGGUAAAGGAAAGGGGGGUGAAAUAGCAUACUAGCUUUCAAGCAAAACCGACACCAAGAAUUAACAUUUUACCGUGGAAAGAAACUGCUCUUUCAACGGAAUAACGUAACGAUUGUUACAUGAUUUAUGUUUACACAAGGUGUCUUGUUUGAUAGCAACAUUAACUGAACCCAAAUCGUUUGUGCCAAGUGUGUAAAAGAGCUGUAUCUGGCCAAAAAUACGAGCAAUGGCGUUGAAAAGAAUUCAAAAGGAACUGACAGAUCUGCAGAGGGACCCUCCUGCCCAGUGCUCCGCUGGCCCCGUCGGAGACGACCUGUUUCACUGGCAGGCCACAAUAAUGGGCCCGAACGACAGCCCUUACCAAGGAGGAGUAUUCUUUCUGACGAUUCAUUUCCCCACAGAUUAUCCCUUCAAACCACCAAAGGUAGCGUUCACGACGAAGAUCUACCACCCCAACAUCAACAGCAAUGGAAGUAUCUGCUUGGACAUACUGAGAUCACAGUGGUCACCUGCCCUUACAGUAUCAAAAGUCCUCUUGUCAAUCUGCUCUCUGCUGUGUGACCCAAACCCAGACGACCCGCUGGUACCAGAGAUUGCACACACUUACAAGGCGGACAGGGAAAAGUACAACAGACUAGCGAGAGAAUGGACACAGAAGUAUGCAAUGUGAGUGCCUGUGACAUGAAAAGUCAAGCAGCGAAUAAACCAGUUUAUUAACAGAAGGCUAAACGAACAAGAGGGAGGGGGUGGGGGGGAGGGGAGCGAGGGAGGUGGGGGGGUCAGGGGUCGGGGUUCGUCAACACACUGGUCCGAGAAGGAAGAGCUUGAACAAGGAAUCGUGCCACCUGGCUGCUACAUGCUAAGCUGCUGCCGUGUGUUGCCGGUCUUGACUUGUUCCGGAUCUUCUAAGCAGAACCCGAGGAACUGUUCUAAGCACUCGCAUACAGAACUGGAUACUCCACAUCCACACACCCAGACUUAACUAUUACUACUACUAUUGUGAUUCUUCUUCUUCUUAUUAUUAUUAUUAUCAGUGUUACUAUUCAUACUCUUAUUAUUGCGAUCACUGUUGUUUAUUAUCAUAAUGAUAUCAUUGUGUUACUGAAUGCUGAAAGGUUUGGUUGAAUAGGGAGGGGACUAUUUCCCCCUCCUUUCAAAGGUACUGUUUGUCCUUCUGGAUGUCCUGUAUUACUGUAUGCUCAUGUAUUCAGUGGCCUUUCUGUAUUAUUAUUGUAAUAAUCUCUCAGACGUUAAAUGUGCAAUUGAGGCAGACUGCUCCGCAUGGCUGUUAGCAGCAGUGUGGUUCUGUGACUCCACCUAAGUCUGGGGAAGGGCUUUCCUUGUGAAGCUCUCCCGCAUCGUAAAAAAAUAAUAAUAAUAAUGUGAAAUAAUUAAGAUGGUUGUUUAAUCUUUCCCUAUGAGCCAAUUUGUUUAUUAUACUCAGCAUCUGGAAGUGUCGUAAAUUCUGUGAAAUUGCAGCAAAACAGCUUAGUGAACCACUAUCAAGGAUAUCUGUCCUUAGUGGGACUGUCAGGACUAAUGGGCACAAGGCCCCAGAGAAUGUUCUGGAACUUCUGCCACUGCGGUUGGCCAUGCUAAGAUCCACACAGGGCUGCUACAGCUCAGCUGUACGAGCUCUGCUACUCCCAGCCAUACACACCGGCGGGCCGCCGCCGCCUGAAAGCAGUGGCUCAGGUAUUUAGCCAACGCGUCUGCCUGUGACGGGGCACUGCAGAGACCCGCGGUGUGAUGGGACAACCAACCUUGUCUGCACGUGGAGAUGCUGCUUUAGACUGAAGUUGUCUUUGGAGACGCAAGCCGAGAUGGGUCGUUCAUCGUCUUUAGACCUUUCCAACUUUUUUUGUCAUUAUCACAGCUUAUUUUACUGUAUUACACUUGGAACUGAAUGUGAAUGUUUUUCAACAACAAAAAAGACGCUUUUGUUCAUGCUGUGGACAGAUACUGCACGUGCUACUGUGGUCUGAUUAGAAUUUGACAUUGGUUAUAGUGGGAGUCCUUUUUUUCUGUUAAGACGGGUGUUUGAAGAGACACCCGGAUUCAGAGAUAAAAAAAAAAAAAAAUGUUGCAGAACUAUGAAUUUUGAUUAUUUAAAAAAGAAAAAAAAACGUAGAGUAGUUAAGUUUUACUUCUCUUGGUUUCUAGUGACGUUUCACUAAAUGUGUCCCAUGUUUUCUAGAUGUUUUGGCAAUAACUUCAGCCAUGGCAGUUGCAAAUGCCAAACACAGCAGAUGUCAUGAGAUGUCAUUUUCUUCACCUCAAAUUAGUUUUGUCCUGCUCCUAUGUUUUCCCCUCAAUGUACACAUAGGCAAUACUUUCGUAAGCUUGAUUUGUUUCUGGGUUUGCAAAAAAAAAAAACAUUUGUAUUGUUUUCAACUAAUAUUAAUGGACUCCAUUGUGGUUUGUUAGCCAUUGAUAAUAUCAAAUUUGAAGCCAACCACAUCCAGUGUAGGAGCUGAUGGAAUGUUUUGCUUUGUGUCAGUUAAAUGUGUUCUGAUUCUAUUACGCUAAGGGAACUGAGAUGUAGAGUUUAAAGGGAUAAAACAAGACUUGGGGCCGACUUGUGAUCAAUAUUGCAACACUGAUUGUAACUUGUAGAUUGAUUUCUUUAGGAUUGUUUACAAUGACGUGUUUUGGAAUGAAAACUCUACAUUUAAAAUCUGUAGUAGGCUUCAUUCAGGAGCCCCAAAUGUGAAAUAAGAUUGUAAUAUAAAAUUACUGAAUGGUAGAAUCAAAGUUUUGACUUUGGAACCAAAUAUGUUUCUCAACAUUGCUCCAUACCCAUAUAUUCAUUAAGACACAAUUGUCAAACUUUACAUAAAUGGAUGUCCUUUAAAACCUUGUUUAGGAUGUUAUGGUUUGGUAUGUUGGAAAACUAUGAAUGCUGUUUAUCUUCUCUGAAUACAGCCGGGUCCCUCGUGCUGUCAAACACUUUGGAAAUGAUUUGCGCAGUAAUUCCACUUGAGGAAAAAUAUUCAAACUUAAGCUUGCUGGUUUCUUCUGUGUAGAUUCAACAGUAUUGUUUCUUUGGACAUUUAUUUAUUUAUUCGUUAACUGUUAGUCUUCCAGUAAUACGUUUUGAGUGCAAUCAGCCUCAGUCCCGUUUAAUGCUCAUAUUGUGAAGGACAUCAUGGUGGGAUUGCGAUGCUAUCUAGAACAGUUUCACUCUAGUGUGCUCCUGUUGUAGCUCAUGUCAGGCAGCUUGUCAUGCACUGGAUAACCUUCUCACAGCCAUUCACCAGAUAUCAGGGAUUACGUUACAUUUCAUCUGCCUAACACCUCUGACAAAAAUCUUAGCCUUAACCCACAUUUUGUACAUAAAAACUGAGAACAUGUCAUGAACUGUAUAUUGCUAUCAGGGCUAGUUUCCCUUGAAAGGGAAUUAAUUUCAUUUUCAUCUUUAGAGACAUUCAAAGAUAAUUUAAAUGAAACUACUAAUUUUUGAAAUGUACAGCCUUGCUAUCUUGAAAUGCAGGACCAGCCUUCUAAUAUUAAUGCAUCUGGAAAUUUGAAAUCUGUAUGUGCUUAAGACUUUCUGUCAUCAUGAACAACUAUCUCCCCUUGCAUACACUUAGUUUGAAAGAAAAUAACUAUUGAAUUGUCAAAACAAAUUCAUUAAUAAAGCUCCUUUUGUUGUA